UCUUGUAGUCACGACCAGCUACUGACAAACCUCUCCAACUCGUUCAUACUGUAUGAAGCAAUGAUAAUCCAAUCUCCGCGCAGGGGAGCCAACUGGAUUGGGGAUUCCCGCCGCGUGGGUUGCGACAGCGGCUUCCCCAUAAGAAACGGCGCGCCUCGUAGGGCAAAGGCUCUAAGACUUUAUCUUUUGAAUACUCCUUGAUCAACGCCCAACUGGUCGUGCCUGUCCCACUCCAAAAUGGCGGCCGAACAGCAAACCAAGGAUGAAUCCUCUACCUCUGUCGUAGAAGAGAGACCAGGGAUAGCGUCAGAAGCUCUACGGAAAUUAUGGACGCCUCGAGCUCUAGGCUGUGCCAUUGGCUGUCUGCUUGUCAUGAACUUCUUCAUGAACAUGACGGUGUACACACAGAAUGUCUAUGAGCCGUAUGCGACGAGCCACUUUGACAGGCACUCCCUGUUAGCCACCGGCUCUAUCAUCAAUGGCAUCGUACGAAUUGUGGCCUACCCACUCCUUGCCAAGCUCGCCGAUCAUUUUGGCCGCCCACUAGGCUUUGCGGGAGGUGCCCUUUCUAUGGCUCUGGGCAACGUCAUGUUUGCUGCCUGCCGAAACGUAGAUACAUUCCUAGCAGGAGGAAUUUUUGACUCGUUGGGCGAUGCAUGGUGGAAUAUCACACAGCAGAUCUUUGUCGCAGACGUUACGAGCCUCGUCAAUCGAGGAAUCCUAUUCACCCUGCCAGAGUCUCUCACCGCUAUCCCAACUCUCUACGGAGGAAGCUACCUCGGCGAGCAUAUGCUCGACCACUCGACUUGGAGAUGGGGUUACGGCAUGUGGGCAAUUGUCUUGCCUGUCACUGCGAUCCCUACCAUCGUCAUCAUGCUCUGGAUGGGCCGGCGGGCCAAACAUAUGGGAUUGAUUCGCGAGCGGCUAUCUCUGAUGCACGGCGCCCCCUCAGGCGUAUUCGGCAAAACAAAACAUAUUGUCACUCAGCUCGACAUAAUCGGCGCGUUUCUCCUCAUCGCCGGCUUAGCGAUGACGCUUCUCCCCAUGACCAUUGCGGGGCGAAAUAACACACAUAGAUGGGAGAAGCCAUCAUCUAUCGUCCUACUCAUUAUCGGCGUCCUGACAUUCAUCGCAUUCCUGGUAUGGGACGGGAAGUUUGCGCCUAACCCCAUCGUACCGUAUCGAACCAUCAAGGAGCGCAACGUCAUCGUGGCCUGCGUAACUGUGAUUAUUAUUGCCACAUCCGACAGUAUCUAUCGACCGUUCCUUUCGAGCUUCCUGCAAGUUGCUGGCCAUUACUCGCCGGGAGCCGCGAUUCGCGUCGACAACGCUCAGCGCGUCGCGUACAACAUUGGAGCACUAGUCUGCGGCCUUUCUUUGAAGUAUGUUAAGCAAACCAAGCCUUUCACCAUACUUGGUGUGGUCUUGAUAAUCCUCGCAUCUGGAUUACCUAUCUAUCUCACAAACAUCUCCGGUACGCACAUUGCCAGCGAGGCCGCCUUCAUCACGUCCAAGUCGCUUCUCGGAGUUGGCCGUGGUUUCGCUCAGGUCUCUCUGCAGGUGGCUUUGCAGGCUGUCCUUGAGAACGACCAAAUUGCCGUCGCUACCGCAGUCUAUCUCUCCUCCCUAGGCUUCGGCUCCAACCUCGGAGUAACCAUUAGUGGUGCCAUGUGGAAUUCUCUUCUUCCGAGUAGACUGGAUAACCACUUCAAUAAGGCAGAAAGUAAGCGUAUAUUUGGCUCUAUUGUUGUUGCGAAGAAAUAUAAGAUUGGCAGCACCCAAAGGAAUCUCAUCGACAAAUGUUACCGAGAGACACAGCAACGUCUGGCGAUUGGCUCAAUUUGCGUAUCUGGGAUCCUUUUAGUAAUAGUGUUCUUUGCUCGCAAUGUCAAGCUAGGGGAGGAGGAUGCAAAGAGGGCAGAAAAAGCAGACGAGGAGUUGGCAUACGCUAUCAAGGCAAAAGACGGCAACCAUGUGGAGAUGCAAGCUAGGUAGAUCCAGAUCUAGCUUUCCUAUAGUUAGUAUAGGUAAGACUUGUACUUUUAAUAAAUUGGGCCUUGGACUCAGCAUGAUAACGCC